AUGGCGCUGACGCCCCUUGACAGAGAAAUAAUAACUAUACGACAGGAGGUGGAAAACGUUCGCAGCCAGAACGCUUCGCUUCGAGAACAACUUGAUCGCGCUCACAAAGAAAACAUAACUUUGGCUGAUGACAACAAUUUUCUUCGCAAAAAAAAUUCCUCUCUUCAGCAAGAAAUCACCAGCGACCGUAAUGAGUAUAUUCGAAUCGAGACUGAAUUUUUCAAUCAAGGUCAGGAGGUCGAAAGGCUGAAGAAAGAAAAUAUUGGUUUCUUGAAGAAUAAGCGUGAAGCUGAAAGAAAAUUGAGAGAAGAGACACAAGCAUUCGAAAAUGAUAAGAUCCUGUGGCAAGAACGGGAAUCGGAAUUAAAUGAUCGCAUCAAAGCGCUUCAGAUGACCGUAAACGCCCUCGAUCAGCAAAACGAGCAAGCCGCACAAAAGAAAACUGGUCAGUUCAAUUCCGAUGAUGUUAUCUGUUUCCUACGUUUUUCUUUGUUCCCCGAAACCCCCACUUAUGCAUCACGUACUUGUUUUAUUCUUGUGCUAUGCAUAGAUGAGGGUGUCACUUCAGCUCCUGAGACGAAUGGUUCUCAUUAUAGCGCCAUUCGUGAGGUCAAAAAUGCUCAGCGUACAAUCAAGGAGCUCGAAAGGCGCCUUAAUGAAUUGACCACUGAAAUCGAUAAUGCAAAACAAGCAACCACCGAAUCCAUGAACCUAAACAAAAGUCAUGCUCGCAGGAUUCAUUCGCUGGAGACCGAACUAUCUCAAGUGAAACAUAUGAAUCAAUCGUUGAUGGAGGAGAAUGAGGCAUAUCGAUUGUUAUUAGGGGAAAAGACCAUGAAAGGUGAAUUUGUGCUAAAUUCCAUCAUGCAGAAAAACAAUGAGAAGUCUGAGAAGAAACUUCCGGACUCGCCCAUAAAGGUGACAACCCGUACGAACAAGGGCGACGGUUCUCUUCUCGACAUUGACAUUUCUUCCAUCGUGAAAAGAAAGUCACUCAGUAAUGAUUUGGCUGCUGAAUUGAAUCGCGCCUCCACGCUCAGAGAAACUCUCUUGGGCGAGCGCGUGUACAAAGAAAGCGAUCACACCGUGAUAGAAAUCUCAAGCGUUCAAUACUCGGAAUUGUUGGAAGAGAUUAGAUCGCUCAAGGAUGCCAACAAAUCAAUGACUCUCUAUAUUCAAAAGAUUCUCAAUCGUAUUAUGGAAGCAAAAGGGUUUGAGGAGCUUUUAUCCACGGAAUGGUCGGCGAGAAGCAUUUGUUCAAGUCCCACCUCUCCCACAACAGGCCAAUUUCCAUUCUCGGAAAAUGCGAAUACCAAGAAAAUGGGACGUCGCAAAACAGUUUCUGGUGCAACUCCAUUCACAGGACAUUUCCGUAGUAACUCCCAACCUGCAAGCAAUUUCACACCCCCAAGCAAUAAGAUAAUAUCUGAGGAACCAGAGACACCUGGUGAUAAGAAGGAUGGUGAAGGCGAUGGCGAUAAGACUUCUCUUUCAGUUGAUCCACUCAAGAAACCUGCCCAACGCAGAGCCUCUGUUUCCACUUCUAGGAAACGUCUUAGUAGCCUCUUCAGUUGGGGCACUAGAGAAGAGAAGAAAGAAGAAGAUCCCAAUAUAAAACCAUUGCUCCUCGUGCAAGAGAACCAGAUAGCAGAUUAA